AUGUCUUCCACCUCAGAAAUCUCCAGCCUUCUGGAGACCCUGACAGCCUCCAUCGAGGUGUUUAAGGCUGAAUUAGUGAGGCAACAGCUUCCGGAGCCCUCUUUGCGUACGUCCAAGCCUCAUCCAAUAGAUGAUCCCUCGUACAUCCCGUCACCUGCGAUGUAUGAGGCGCGUAGGCUAGCGGUCGGUAGCUUGAAUUGCUUGAAGCUUAUCAUUGAGAAUCCGGCGGAGGCUGCGCUGAGCAUUCAUGCGGACAUCGAAGAAGUCCAGGGUUUGCGCGUGUCUACUCAGGUCGACUUACAUCAGGUACUGGAAAGUGCGGCCGAUCCGGACUCGGGCGAAAGCAUUGAAACCAUCGCAAUCAAGACAAAGAUACAUCCUCUCAAACUAGGGGCUGUCUUGCGUUUCCUCGCCUACCGAGGAUGGUAUCGUGAACCUAGGCCGGGUCAUUUCGCGAACAGUCGUCGCAGCCACGCACUGAAGAAAGACAGCCCCGGAUAUCACGUUGUACAUAACCUGUGUGACCUUGGUUAUAAGUACACAGCGAAGUUGCCCGAGGCCCUGACUCACCCCGACGAAUCCUUCCGCAUGGCUUUGGAUGUCACGCAUACUGCAUUCAACCUUGCAUACGACACCGACCUACCUUUCUUUGGACCCGAGAGCUGGACCUCUAAGUAUCCAGCUGAUGCACAGACAUUCGCGCUUGGGAUGGGUGGCAUGGGAGCUGGCUCUAACAAUGGAGUUGCCUACGAUUUUCCUUGGGUUGACAUUGCUAAGGACAAGGACGCCGUUGUGGAUGUCGGAGGAGGACAAGGCACCUUGUGUUGCACAUUGGCUGCAGCCCAUCCAGAACUGAAGAACUUUAUAGUCCAAGACAUUCCAGCCCUUCAAGGGCCUGCGGAUAAGUACAUAGCAUCCCAAGGUCUCUCUGAUCGGGUCAAGUUCGAGGUGCAAGAUUUCUUCCAGCCCAACAGACGCCAGGGCACAGGUAGCUACGUCUUCGUCAUACAGAAAGUUCUCCAUGAUUGGUCGGAUGAAGAUGGCGCCAAGAUCCUGAGACAGAUUCGAGAAUGUCUCCUCGAUGGCAAGAGCUCUCUGGUCAUAAUUGACCCGGUGCUGUCCCCUGCCACAAUUUCUUCUGAAGCUCCCAGUGCCAAAGAGUCUCUCGCGGCGCUUCAGGGCAAGGAUCGCUAUGAGCCCGUCCAGCCCCCACCCCUGCUUCCGCACGACUUCGGUGACAACUGGAUGAUCGCGCAUACAGUUAACAUAGCUCUUCUCGGCCUAUGCAACGCAUUCGAGCGUACCUAUGCAAGUAUGGACAAUAUGCUCACUCUCGCUGGCUUGAGCAUCAAGAAAGUGAACGCUACAAGGGGUUACGUGCAGUUAACAGAGGUCGAGGUCAGUUGA